UAUAACUCGACUAGUUCUUAAAACCCAAGAAUUAUUGGGCACUUGAUUUCUGAAGAGUUGGUAGUCUACGCCGCCAGCGGGGCCAAUCAAAAGCUCACAUUGGCCCAUGAAAAAUGACCGUUGGCUCCAACCUUUCACCGUUUCCCCCGCUCCCUUCCUAUAUAUCUAGUCCCAAAAUUCGACCGUUGCAAACUCCCAAAGAGAACCCCUCCGACUCGCCAUUGCCAGGGAGAAACGCCACCGGAAGAAAGAAACCUCUCUGGUUUUCCCCGGCGGCGGUCCUCUCCAAAAUUCAUCCCCUGUCCAACAAUCAAAACGCCGGCCAAACAAUGGAUCCACAGACUAGAAGGAAGAGCGGACUCAAUCUCCCUGCCGGGAUGAACGAGACCUCCCUCCGCCUCGACAGCAUUGCCAAGCAAAAUCCAUCCGUUUCCUCCUCUUCGGCAUUUCGAGUCGCCUCGGUGUCUUCCCCGCGAAUGAUCUCCAGCCUAUCGUCGCCAUCGAAGACUUCCGUCUGCAGCGAUCGGUUCAUACCUUGCCGAUCGGCUUCCCGUCUCAACACAUUUGGGCUUCUGGACAAGCCGGCUGCGGCUGGUUCUCCGGUCAAAGAAGGAGGAGGGAACGAGACUUACGCUAGAUUAUUGAAAUGUGAGCUGUUUGGGUCUGAUUUUGGUUCUUUUUCUUCUUCCCCUGCAGGCAGCGGCGGUUUGGGAAGUCCGAAUAUGCUGAGGUUCAAGACCGAUCACUCUGGAGGUCCCAAUUCCCCGUAUUCUCCUUCGAUCAUGAGGCAGGAUAGUGGAAGUUCUAAUGAAGGUUCUACCCCUACUAAGCCUCCCCGCAAGGUCCCCAAGACUCCCCACAAGGUUUUAGAUGCUCCAUCUCUACAAGAUGACUUCUACUUAAAUGUGGUGGAUUGGUCAUCCCAGAAUGUGCUUGCAGUUGGAUUAGGGACUUGCGUGUAUUUAUGGUCUGCAUCAAACAGCAAAGUGACCAAGUUGUGUGAUUUAGGACCUAAUGAUAGUGUGUGCUCAGUACAAUGGACCAGGGAGGGUUCCUACAUAUCAGUUGGCACCCAUUUCGGGCAAGUUCAGGUGUGGGAUGGAACACAGUGCAAGCGGGUAAGGACAAUGGGAGGGCAUCAAACGAGGACAGGUGUAUUGGCUUGGAAUUCGCGGAUUCUGGCAUCAGGAAGCAGGGAUAGGAACAUACUUCAGCAUGAUCUUCGUGUUCCCAGCGACUUUGUUAGCAAGCUUGUUGGCCAUAAAUCUGAGGUGUGUGGAUUAAAAUGGUCUCAUGAUGACAGACAACUUGCAUCCGGUGGAAAUGACAAUCAGGUAACUGGAUCGAAUCGACUUCUAGUGUGGAACCAGCAAUCUCAGCAACCGAUUCUGAAGCUGACAGAACACACGGCGGCAGUGAAGGCGAUUACAUGGUCACCUCACCAGAGUGGGCUGCUUGCAUCUGGAGGUGGAACUGCUGAUAGAUGUAUUCGCUUCUGGAACACUACCACCGGCCAUCAGUUAAACCAUAUUGAUACCGGUAGCCAGGUAUGCAAUCUAGCUUGGAGCAAGAACGUGAACGAGCUGGUGAGCACACAUGGGUAUUCCCAGAACCAAAUCAUGGUGUGGAAGUAUCCAUCAUUAUCGAAGGUCGCAACUCUAACUGGGCACAGUUUGCGGGUUCUGUACCUUGCUAUGUCGCCUGAUGGUCAGACAAUAGUAACUGGAGCAGGAGAUGAAACUCUGCGGUUCUGGAAUGUCUUCCCAUCCAUGAAGACACCGGCGCCAGUGAAAGCUACAGGGCUUUGGUCUCUUGGACGAACGCACAUUAGAUGAUGAGAUUAUCAAUCAAUCUUCUACUAUUCAAUUCGUCCCCACCUACCAAGUUUAUAUUUUCCACUCAGGCAGAUUUGACAAAUAAUAUUUUAUGGAAACAGUUGUAUUGCUUUUAUCGAUUUUUUGGUAACUCUAAAGUCAGUUGUUU